GGGCCAGUCGGGACGGAGGAGACAAAAUGGCGCUGCGGGCGAUGCGGGGUAUCGUGAACGGGGCCGCACCCGAGCUACCGGUGGCCACCAGCGGGGCGGUGGCGGGAUCUUGGGAGCAAACGCUAGCAGCGAGCCGGAACUACCUCUCCCAGCCUCGCCUCACAUACAAGACAGUAUCAGGAGUCAAUGGUCCGUUAGUGAUCUUAGAUCAUGUUAAGUUUCCCAGGUAUGCUGAGAUUGUUCACUUAACAUUACCAGAUGGCACGAAGAGAAGUGGGCAAGUUCUAGAAGUUAGUGGUUCCAAAGCAGUGGUUCAGGUAUUUGAAGGGACUUCAGGUAUAGAUGCCAAGAAAACAUCCUGUGAGUUUACUGGGGAUAUUCUCCGAACACCAGUGUCUGAGGACAUGCUUGGUAGGGUAUUCAAUGGAUCGGGAAAACCGAUCGACAGAGGUCCUGUUGUACUGGCUGAAGACUUCCUUGACAUCAUGGGCCAGCCAAUCAAUCCUCAGUGUCGCAUCUACCCAGAGGAGAUGAUUCAGACCGGCAUUUCGGCCAUAGAUGGAAUGAACAGUAUUGCUAGGGGGCAGAAAAUUCCUAUCUUCUCUGCUGCUGGCUUACCACACAAUGAGAUUGCAGCUCAGAUCUGUCGCCAGGCUGGUUUGGUAAAGAAAUCCAAAGAUGUAGUGGACUACAGUGAGGAAAAUUUUGCAAUUGUAUUUGCUGCUAUGGGUGUAAACAUGGAAACUGCCCGGUUCUUCAAAUCUGACUUUGAAGAAAAUGGCUCCAUGGACAACGUCUGCCUCUUUUUGAACUUGGCUAAUGACCCUACUAUUGAACGAAUUAUCACUCCUCGCUUGGCUCUAACCACAGCCGAAUUUCUGGCCUAUCAGUGUGAGAAACAUGUAUUGGUUAUCCUAACAGAUAUGAGUUCUUAUGCUGAAGCACUUCGAGAGGUUUCAGCGGCCAGGGAAGAGGUUCCUGGUCGACGAGGUUUCCCAGGUUACAUGUAUACAGACUUAGCCACAAUAUAUGAACGCGCUGGUCGAGUGGAAGGUAGAAACGGCUCUAUUACUCAAAUCCCUAUUCUCACCAUGCCUAACGAUGAUAUUACUCACCCCAUCCCUGACUUGACUGGAUAUAUCACAGAGGGGCAGAUCUAUGUGGACAGACAGCUACACAACAGACAGAUUUACCCUCCUAUUAAUGUGCUACCUUCGUUAUCACGGUUAAUGAAGUCUGCUAUUGGGGAAGGUAUGACCAGAAAGGAUCAUGCCGAUGUAUCUAACCAGCUGUAUGCGUGCUAUGCUAUUGGUAAGGAUGUACAAGCCAUGAAAGCUGUGGUUGGAGAAGAAGCCCUUACCUCAGAUGAUCUUCUUUACUUGGAAUUUCUACAGAAGUUUGAGAGGAACUUUAUUGCUCAGGGUCCUUACGAAAACCGCACUGUCUAUGAGACUUUGGACAUUGGCUGGCAGCUGCUCCGAAUUUUCCCCAAAGAAAUGCUGAAGAGAAUCCCUCAGAGCACCCUGAGCGAGUUCUACCCUCGGGACUCCGCAAAGCACUAAUUGCCAUCUCAUCGCUGGUUCGAUACUCUCGUGUAAUACUGGUUCUGUUUUCUUGAUUCCUUUGCACUCCUCCAUCCCCACCUUUGUGUUGGCAUUUACCGUGUUACCCUGCAAUUAAAAACAAAGAAUAGGUGACAUAUUGUGCCAGUGUUGCAAUAUCUUAAACUGCUAACAGACUUUAAAAUGUCCCCUGUUCAGAAAACCUGGAUCUUCAGUGGUUUAUUUAAAGUAGCUUCAGGGAUGGAGGUGAAGUUUUCUUACUCAUGUGUGUAUUUGUAAAUAGUGGGGUAGUUAGUUGCCUAAUAAUGUCUUCAUUAUUUGAGUCUCUCAGACCUUCCCUCUCCACCCUCUCGAGAGUAUCACUAUCUGAAGUUAUAAUGCUUUGUUCUCCAAAUUAGGGGCAGGAUCAGGGCUGAAAGCCUCCUCAGAAGAGCCAAGAGCUCUCUCCUGAGCAUUUGUUUUUGGAUUGUUAGUGUACCUCUAGCUCUGUGCUGCUGCUCUAAGCAGAUGGUUUUUACUGUCCACCUGCUCUUUCCUGUUUAAUGAAUAGAUUAGAAAAGGAGUUGAGACUCCUGUGUCUUACUGUUCUCCCUCCCUCUGAGUAACACACAAUCAUGCAGCUUUUGCACAGCUGGUGUUGAUUGGAUAGUAGUGAGAUGCCUUGUCUUGAUGAUCCUUUCUGGGUUUUCAUGCAGAGGAAUCAUAAUUAAAAUGAUCAGUAUAAUUGUUGCUUGGAAAGAGUUUGGGGUACAAUUUAAAAAAGAGAAGAAAAACCUACUCCCAUUCUACAUUUGGACAUGCUAACAGUGGUGUAAUUUUCUAAAGUGUUUGCCAGAUGCUGAAGGCACGGUGGGAGGAAAAAUUCUCCUGUGUAUGGACAUUUUAAACUGUUAGAGAGCAGCCUUUGGAAAACACUCUUAUUUGGUCCUGCUUUUUGACCUAUCUUUGCCUCUUCAGGGUAAUCUUGUGGCACAAGUGAUAGAAUUUAAAAGCUUUAGCCUUUUAAUUCCUGCUCCUUCCUGCUGUGAGCCCUGAGCUGUCUUCUAUGCACUCUGCCAUGUCUACUGUGUGGUCUCUGUGUUCUUUGUUACUUGGGUGCAAUAGCAACUUCUCUGUGCAUUCCAUCUUUCAAGUUGUGUAAAGUUCUUCACUUUUUUCUUAGAGGGUGUGUGUGUGGGGAGUCAGCAUGAUUAUAUUUUAAUGUAGAAAAUGUGACAUCUGGAUAUAAAAUGAAAAUAAAUAUUAAAUUAAAUGGAAGUGACCUAAAGUGGCUUAUAUCUUCUAAUCAGAAAAAUCAUAGCAACAAGCAAAUAUAUAUAAUAAUGCACCUCUUUGACUCACAGUUUAGAACACCAUAAACAGCAUUGUGAACGAAACCUUUGGGUUGUAAGGAACAUGGCCCAGGUUGUGUACCCUCUGUUUCAGGCUGCCCUGUUCAGUGAUAUCUCUUCCAGCAUACUGUAGUUUGAUCCAGUGUUGAGAGUUACUGCAGGUGUUCUAUAGAGUUCUUUGUUACAGACAUUUUCAGGACCUCUAGAACCCAUCUGCCAGAAAUGAAAGUGGGUGAUAAGUAGAAAAUGAAAUACACAUUGAAGCAAGUCAAAGCUUGCUUCAAAUAAAAUUUUAAAAAGAGGUCCAGUAUAUCAAGGAAACACCUUGGGUAAAGCACCAGGGUAUGGCAUUGGGGCGGCAUCCUGUCUCUUAUCUUCAGCAAGGCAGUUGGAGAUGUAGAGGAAAGGGCUCAAUCAUGGCAAGAACUGGCCAGGCCUGUGUUCUAAUCCUGGUGCUGCCACUAACCAUAUAGCCUUGCUUAGUAAUUUGACAAGUUUGGGUCUGUUUGCUUAUGUUCCUUUUAGGGUUAUUCCAAGGACUAAAGACUGUCUAUAAAACACUAGAACAGCAUCUGGUCCAUGGUAGGUGCUCAGAGUAGGCUACUUCUAUUAAACCUUUAUUAAGGCAGAUUGACUUACUACUUUUACAUAACGCUUAGGAUUAGUUGGUUAAGUAGUAUCUUAUUAGUUUGUUACUUAUGUUUUAGUGAAAACUUUUCUUAGUGUAUCUUUUUGUACCAGUAAUAAAAGUUAAUUAAAAGACCCAUUAAAAUUAUGCUUUAAUAUGAACCCUCACUGUGAUCAAAUUUUUUAAAAAGAAAAAAAUUUUCACUUCAGUUGGCUUAAAGUAUUUGGAAGGAGAAAAAGUAUCUUCCAAGUUCAGGCGAACGACAUGACUCAUGAAACGUGUUGCUGGCAGUUGACUGUCACUUCAGUUUGUGAGAGUCCCUGUAAAUAAAAAAAUGUUUUAAGACUAAUGUA